UCAGACAAUAGCCCCAUAAUUCAUCUCAUUCUUUCCACGUUUCCCGUCUUCUACGUGACCCCAUGAUCACGUCACAUAAUAUUCCCUCUGUCUAAAACCCUUCCUCCGCCAUUAAACCCUACCGGAGCUCAAAUUCGUCGAAUCUCCGCCUCCGGCAAUCAUUCAUUCCAAUAAUCACCUCUGGAUCGAUCAAUCAUUCGAUGUCAUUGAACGCUAAUAUGAAACUCAGCGUCUCAAAUCCAAAAAUAUGGAUCGUGAUCGGCGUAACCGUCGCCGGUGUAUUGAUUCUCACGGCGGAGACGCGGAGGCGUCGGUUGAAAGGUCGGUGUAUAGUGAGAGAAGAUUACGGUGCGUUUAUCGAGCGGUUUCAGUUGCUUCCGUUUCCUCAACCGCCUCCUCCUGCAGCGAAACAGCCUCUUUCUGGUCUCACUUUUGCCAUUAAUGAUGUCUUUGAUGUGAAAGAGUAUGUGAGUGGCUUCGGGAAUCCAGAUUGGAAACAAACACAUGAGGAAGCUGGGAGGACCGCUGUCGCCGUAACUACCUUGUUGAAGAAUGGGGCUACUUGUGUUGGCAAUGCUGUCAUGGAUGAGUUAUCAUUUGGUAUAACUGGAGAAAAUUUACAUUAUGGAACCCCCACAAACCCAGCAAUGCCAUCUUGCAUUCCCGGUGGAUCGUGCAGUGGGUCAGCCGUUGCUGUUGCUGCAAAGCUUGUUGACUUUGCUAUUGGUACCGAUACAGUUGGGGGAGUGAGAAUUCCAGCCUCAUUUUGUGGUGUCCUCGGUUUCCGGCCUUCACAUGGGUCUGUAUCCACUAUUGGGGUUCUCCCAAAUUCACAGAGUUUAGACACUGUUGGAAUAUUUGCUCGUGAUCCUUUCUUAUUGAAUCGGGUUGGACAUGUUCUUCUUCAGCUUAACCAAGUGGAACCUAGAAGGACAAGACACAUAAUUGUGGCAGAUGAUUUAUUUCAGCUAUCUAAAGUUCCUCAACAGAAGACUGUAUAUAUUAUUAGCAAAGUAACUGAAAAGUUAUCCGGUUACCACUCACCGAAGCAUAUGAACAUUGGUCAAUAUAUUUUGUCAAACGUACCAAGCCUUAAAUAUUUCCUACAAAAUGGAGCAAAUUCUUUGAAAGCUCUUUCUUCAGCAAUGUUAUCACUACAGAGAUAUGAGUUCAAAACCAAUCACGAAGAAUGGAUUAAUACAGUCAAGCCCAGGCUAGGAUCUGAUGUGUCUGAUAGCGUUCAUGCAGCAAUUACAGCCACACAUGAAAAUAUUGAAGCUUACUACAUGGUCAGAACUGAAAUGCGCGCAGCUCUUCGCAGUCUCUUAAAGGACGAUGGAGUUAUAGCUGUUCCUACCGUUGCCGAUACUCCACUAAAACUUAACUCAAACAAAGCUCUGUUAUCAGAAUUUCACGAUCGGGCAUUUCCUCUAUUAAGCAUUGCUAGUAUGUCCGGCUGCUGUCAGAUUACCGUUCCUUUGGGAAAGCAUGAAGAUUGUCCGAUUGGUGUUUCGUUUAUUGCAAAUUAUGGAUCUGAUAAGUUUCUUCUAGAUACUGUCUUGGACAUGUACGAAUCUCUACAAGUGCAAGUUAAUGCUGUUACCAGUUUGCCACCAUCGUUAGACUCGAAUGGAAACAUGGAAGCUUCUAAGUUGUGGAAGGAGAAGGGAAAUGCUGCAUACAAGGGAAAACAAUGGCAGAAAGCUAUAAACUAUUAUACCGAAGCCGUUAAGUUGGAUGAAAUCAAUGCUACUUUCUACUGCAACAGAGCCGCCGCAUAUUUGGAAUUAGGAUCCUUUCAAGAAGCUGAGGAGGACUGCACCAAAGCCAUCUCACUCGAUAAAAAGAAUGUUAAGGCAUACUUGAGACGAGGAACUGCUCGGGAAUCAGUCCACCGUUAUAAGGAGGCUCUUCAUGAUUUUAAGCGUGCGCUUGUACUAGAACCCCAGAACAAGGCUGCCAAAGCGGCUGAGAAGAGGCUACAGGAACUAGUAAGUUGAUCGGCUUUCGCUCUUUAUUUUGAAAAUAAUCGCACAAGAUCUGCAAGUUGAGUUUUGAAACCCAAGAUGAAAGGAGGCGUCUUGAAACCAUUUUGUGGUUAAACUGGCCUCUUGUGAGUUUAAUGAAACAAUUAUCAAUUUUGGGAGCAUAUUUUUAAAUAAUUGUCAUCUUGAUCUCUAUGUACUGCAGUCUUUGGUUUCAUUUUUGUUUGAUUCCGUUUCUUGGAUCAAUUGGUGUGUAUAUAGUUUGAUAUGGCUGCAACCUUAUAAGCAUUAAUAACAACAUUAGUUAUGCAUUAGGGUUGUAUAUUUGGCUUCAACAUUUGUACCUUAAAACAAUUGGUUUUGUUAUAAGCUAUGUAUUAUAUGA